GUGGCGUGGCGCUGUGGCAGCUGGAAGACGACUACCACACGUUCGUGCUGUCCCAGGCGGCCCAGGGCCACGACCACGUGGUCAGCUCUGUGUCUGUCCUAAGUGACCACAGCAAGGCUGCCUCCAGCGGCCAUGACAGAUGCAUAAAACUCUGGGACCUGCCCACAGUGUCUUUACUUUACUCUGCUCAAGCCCACCUGGACACCGUGACCAGCAUCGACUGCCACCCAUCAGAACCAGACCUCUUCAUAUCCUGUGGCCAGGAUGACAGAAUAUUGCUAUGGGACAAGCGUAAGCCCAAACCAGCCAGCCUUCUCAACAAAAGCCCUCUCCAGAACACGGCGACCUGCGUCAGAUGGCAGCCGGGACAGACGCACAAACUGGCGCUUGGCUCCGAGAGCGGUCAGCUGGCGAUUCUGGACACUCGCGUGGGCGUGGAGAACUACCUCACAGCUCGUCCGCACCAGCGACCCGUUUACAACAUGCAGUUCUGUCCUUCCAAGCCGUCCCUGCUGGCCUCUGUUGGAGAAGACUGCCGGACAGUUGUGACGUCUCUACAGGAAGACUCACUGAAACAAGAGUACUUGGACAUCACACACACAGACUUUGUCCACGGCGUGGCCUGGUCCAGUGACUCAGAGCUGUACACGUGUGGCUGGGACGCCAAAGUUCUCUCCCAUGACCUGACCCGUGGGGUCGCGACCUCGCUAGGGCAGGCGGUGGAUGGCAGCAGCACGGUACAGAUGAAUGGGGACGUGGUGGAGAACGGCGUGGACGCUCGCGACUUGUUGGGGGCGGGAGACGGGUCUGAGGGGAAAUCGGACCAAUCGACAUCGUCGCCGUGCAAGUCUCCGUCAUACAGCCAAGCAGUGAAAACCUCAUCGCAGGAGAUCACCGCAGAGGGCUGACAUGUCCGGGCUCCAUGAUGUGCUUUAAUCAAGCGAAUGACAUUUCCACUAGGGGCGCUGCCACUUUUCCCGAAUAUGUACAGGAGUACCAGAAGUCUGGGUUUGGAACUCGGAACACUUUGGAUUCCUGUUCCACUCGGACUUAUCUGACAGUGACAAUUAACGCUCUGCAGGCUUGGUGGAUAAGUGACCUCACAGUUUCCCGAAGUCUUGCCAGAUGGAAGGGUCGCCCCCUAGUUUCCUUGUUUCCGGUGGCAAAAGUGCGAGGGCUGAAGGGGCCAUGCUGGGAUUGGACGAACAGUGACGGCCACUACCUUAUUGGUGCAAUUCUCAACAAAUCAUGCUUUGGCUGGCUACUUUCCAAAAAAAGAAGUUGUGAGAAAGUCUGUAAUCAACGUUCAGGGACCAGACGUUUGUGUUCAUUUACUUAGGACUAGGAUAGGUUUACGGUCUAGAAUAGGUUCACGAUCUAGGAUAGGUUUACGGUCAAUCUGAUGUUAUUGUGUCUAGUUGACACAUGGAGAGAAAUUGUAGUCUUCUUUUUUUUUUUUGACAG